UCGGUGAGAAAUCAGAUCCUGAAGUUGCGUUAUGUUGACGGACUGGUGGCGAUGUGAUCGGUAUAAAACUCAAUAUUCUGACACCAUAUUCCUUCAAACCGAUAAGAACCGAGCGGAGAACUGAUUGAUAAGCCGAAGCGAGGCAGACAAGGUAAUUUUGGUGACGACUUCAUACUUUUUUGGAGGCCUGGGGAGGAAAAACACUGUUAAGCUAACGAUAAAUAGCCACCAUGUCGUGGGAAGAAAUACCUUGUUUUCUGGCCUCGCCACUGGGUUCGCCUCUACCCCGUUCGUCUGCUCUGUGAUCCCAUUGGACAGCAAAACAAGCAGAGGUAACUUCGCACUUAACUGUCAAUACAGCUAACGCUAGUUAACAGUAAAUUAGUCAACACCAACGAUUUUGCUCUAGCUUGCUAGCUUCCGAGCCAUGGCGGACAGCUUUGGAGAGGAGUCCAGCGGCGGUGCCCUUGGCUUAGGCGUUACCGGACAGGGCAGUGGAGCCUCGCUGCUGCCGACUUUGGCUAACUCCCUCCCGGUGGGAAACUCGGCAGCAAGCGGUGUUCACUCCAGCUCCAAUCCGGCCUCUCCUUCGCCCGCUGCGGCCGCGCAUAGUGGCCUAACCGCUGUGGUGGCCCCCAUGUCCGCUGUCACUGCUACACCUGCCGGUUUUGGAAACACGUUCACCCCCGGCACCUCGCCACCGGUAGUGGCAGUGUCUCCAACCGUACACUCCUCCUCGCCUCUCCCCGGUAUUGGGCUAGGGAUCGGCGGGGUGGCCGGGGUGGCAGGAGCGGGCCUCCUGUCCCAGAUCCACGCCACUUCCUGGGACCCGACACUCAGUACGGACUGGGACAACGAGAAGGCUUCCCAGCAGUGCAUCCUGAGGAUAAAGAGGGAUAUCAUGUCCAUCUACAAGGAACCUCCACCAGGGAUGUUUGUCGUCCCCGAUCCUCAGGACAUGACCAAGAUCCACGCCCUGAUCACAGGGCCAUUUGACACGCCAUACGAGGGCGGCUUCUUUCUCUUCCUCUUCCGCUGCCCCCCCGACUACCCCAUCCACCCACCCCGGGUCAAGCUCAUCACCACGGGACACAACACUGUCCGCUUCAACCCCAACUUUUACCGCAACGGAAAGGUCUGCCUUAGCAUCCUGGGGACAUGGACAGGUCCUGCAUGGAGUCCAGCCCAGAGUAUCUCAUCUGUCCUCAUCUCCAUCCAGUCUCUGAUGACAGAGAACCCCUAUCACAACGAACCUGGAUUUGAACAGGAGCGCCACCCAGGGGACAGUAAGAACUACAACGAGUGCAUCCGCCAUGAAACCAUGAGGGUGGCAGUGUGUGACAUGCUGGAAGGCAAAGUCCCCUGUCCUGAAGCUCUGUGGAGUGUGAUGGAAAAGUCCUUCCUAGAAUACUAUGAUUUCUACGAGGGAGUCUGCAAAGAGAGACUGCACCUACAAGGACAGAACAUGCAGGACCCAUUUGGUGAGAAGCGCGGCCGUUUCGACUACCAGGGCCUGCUGGCUCGCCUCGGCGCCACCCACAGGCGGAUACGGGAGAAAAGCCUGGCGGAGGAUGACCACAACGACGACGAUUCGGACUCAGACACCAGCUCCUCAGGGACGGACCCGGACAGCCAGGGCAGCUCCCAGCCCUGACUCUCUGGAUGGUGCUGGACUCAAAGCCAGGCCGAGAACUAAAGACAAAGGGACCUUUUUUUUUGUUUGUUUUUUUUUUUGUUUGCAGUGGAGGAACAAAAUCACAGAAGACGACGCAGCACCUAUGUGUAAGGCUUUAGUGAGUCCAGGGUUCAGGUGUGGAAUCGAGCCUGUGUUGGAUGGAUGUAGCAGAGAGAGAAGAAAUGAUAGUGCUCUCCUGAGAAUGAAAAAGAAACACCAGCCGCUGGUCAGAUGCUGGCAAAUUUGGCCUAGAGUGGUGUAUUCGUGCUACGUUUGUAGCUAACCAGCUCUCAUUUUGAUGUCCUCUUUGAUUCCAAAACUCAAGAUGGCUGAGAUCAACUAGCCCACAUUGCUUGUGAGAUGUUAGUUUCAUGUCUCAAACCUUUAAAUUCACACUGUAGGAUUGGAUAAAAGUACAUACAGUAACACUCAAAAGCAGCUGUUACACUUUGAUCCACAAGUCCAAACAGAAAUGUAGUCAGCUUUUAUACUCUUUUGCCACUAGGAAGAAAAAAAAAAACUUUCUGGUGGGGAUCUACGAGGAGAAGUCCAGGAUCUCCCUUAGGCUCAAGCGUGGAGCCAGGUUUGGACAGGGGGAUGAAGGGACCUUGGCCUGAGUUGGUUGGAGCAGUGAAAGAUGAUGGUGUUGAUCACAGCAGGCUCUCCUUCAAAGUAGCCUCACUUUCUUUGAAUUCAAGAGGGGAGGAAGGAAAGACGGACCUUUCGUGAUGGAAGGUAGUCGGAGAAAGCGAACAUUUAGCCAAGGCUGUGCGAGUUAUGUGCCUUGUCUCCUCUGGCCAGGGUGAAACCGCACCACACCUCUUUCAAACUGGACCUCAGCUGCUUCCACACAGCCAGGCCACAUAAAAAAAAAAAACAAAACA